UUGAAUCCCGGACCGAUUCCGGUGUGCUGCCGCCCGGGCCCACGGGACAGCCACCCACUGCGCCCACUGGUUCCUACCCACUGCUGCCGUCGUCUCUAUAAAUUCCGGCCAACCGGCAAACCCUCAGGUUUACUCCCGACUCUCCCAACUGACACCAUCCCCUCAACGCACCCGAUUCCAAGCUUCCAACUGCUCGCGCUCCUGGACCUCUCAUGGCGACGGCGACUGCGAGUCGGCCCAGCGGCCCGGUGCUGUCGAUCCCCAGCUACCGCUCAGCCUCGCCCACCCGCGUCAACCUCCCCGCCCGCUCGCCGGGCAAGUCCGUCAGCGUCUCCUCCCCGUCCUCCAGCGCCAGGAGCCGGCGGUCCUGCAUGUGCUCCUCAACGAACCACCCGGGCUCGUUCCGGUGCAGCCUCCACAAGCAGGCGGCGGCAGCGGCCCCAGCCGGCAGCGGCAAGCCCGCCUCCCUGCCGUCCGUCCGCAGCGCCUGCAGCCUGGGCUCGAAGCGCAUGGACAGCGGGCAGUGCGCCCGCAGAGCCCUCGCGCCGUCCCCCGCCGCGCAGCACCCGAGGCGCGCGGGCGGGUUCCGCCCCAGGCCUAGCCGGCUCUCCGCCGUGUCCGUGGCCGGCGAGCGUCCCGGCGACAACUGCCAGUAAACAAAUCAACGCCGACAUGCCAUAGCAAGAUAUAGUUAGGAACUUUUGACCCAGUUUAGCUGUAACAUGGAGUGAGCUUCUUCCUCCUCUGCCGUGUACACAGAGUGAGCUCGUCCUCUGCUCCACGCGGUGUAAAACAAACGCCAUUGUUUCUGGAUAUGGAUGUGCAGUACAUGACUGACAAAUUGGAGACG